UUUAAGUCAGUUUUGGUGCAGUUAGUGUGCGGGUAAAUUGAACGAGCGACCACCAAAAAUUUUUUUUCAUACUUAACAAUUUGGUUGGAGGUACUUCCUUUACUUUAUCAAGAGAUUCAAUCUUUAUCCCCAAGCAUCUAUCAUCUUUUAUAGAAUGUUGUCAGCUCGUCCAGUGUUAAGAACUGCUGCUCGUUCAGCCUCUGUUGCUGCCAGAUCCUUAAGAGUUGCUCGUCCAGCUCAAUUAACUGCUAGAAGAUUUGCUUCUGCUAAAGCUGCUCCAACUGAAGUUUCCUCUAUCUUAGAAGAAAGAAUUAGAGGUGUUUCUGAUGAAGCUAACUUAAAUGAAACCGGUAGAGUUUUAUCUGUUGGUGAUGGUAUUGCCAGAGUUUUCGGUUUAAACAACAUUCAAGCUGAAGAAUUAGUCGAAUUCGCCUCCGGUGUUAAAGGUAUGGCUUUAAACUUGGAAGCUGAUCAAGUCGGUGUAGUCUUAUUCGGUUCUGAUGCUUUAGUUAAAGAAGGUGAAACCGUUAAGAGAACUGGUAAGAUUGUUGAUGUCCCAACUGGUCCUGAAUUAUUAGGUAGAGUUGUCGAUGGUUUAGGUAACCCAAUCGAUGGUAAGGGUCCAUUAAAUGCUUCUGCUUCUUCAAGAGCUCAAGUUAAAGCCCCAGGUAUUUUACCAAGAACUUCUGUCUUUGAACCUAUGCAAACUGGUUUAAAAUCUGUUGAUGCUUUAGUCCCAAUUGGUAGAGGUCAAAGAGAAUUAAUUAUUGGUGAUCGUCAAACUGGUAAGACCGCUGUUGCUUUAGAUACCAUUUUAAAUCAAAAGAGAUGGAAUGAUGGUGCUGAUGAAUCUAAAAAGUUAUACUGUGUUUACGUUGCCGUUGGUCAAAAGAGAUCUACUGUUGCUCAAUUAGUUCAAACUUUAGAACAAAAUGAUGCUCUUAAAUACUCCAUUAUUGUUGCUGCUACUGCUUCAGAAGCUGCUCCAUUACAAUAUAUUGCUCCUUUCACUGCUUGUGCUAUUGGUGAAUGGUUCAGAGACAAUGGUAAACAUGCUUUAAUUGUCUAUGAUGAUUUAUCUAAACAAGCUGUUGCUUACCGUCAAUUAUCUUUAUUAUUAAGAAGACCACCAGGAAGAGAAGCUUACCCAGGUGAUGUUUUCUACUUACAUUCUAGAUUAUUAGAAAGAGCUGCUAAGAUGUCUGAAGUUAAUGGUGGUGGUUCUUUAACUGCUUUACCAGUCAUUGAAACUCAAGGUGGUGAUGUCUCUGCUUAUAUUCCAACCAAUGUUAUUUCUAUUACUGAUGGUCAAAUUUUCUUAGAAGCUGAAUUAUUCUACAAGGGUAUUAGACCAGCUAUUAAUGUUGGUUUAUCUGUCUCAAGAGUUGGUUCUGCUGCUCAAGUUAAAGCCAUGAAACAAGUUGCUGGUUCCUUGAAAUUAUUCUUGGCCCAAUAUAGAGAAGUCGCUGCUUUCGCUCAAUUCGGUUCUGAUUUAGAUGCUUCUACUAAACAAACCUUAUCUAGAGGUGAAAGAUUAACUCAAUUAUUAAAACAAAAGCAAUACUCUCCAUUAUCUGCUGAAGAACAAGUCCCAUUAAUUUUCGCUGGUGUUAACGGUUUCUUAGAUAAUGUUGCUUUAGAAAGAAUUGGUGAAUUUGAAGAAUCUUUCUUAGCUCACUUAAAAUCUAAUGAAACUGAAAUCUUAGAUGCUAUUAAGACUAAGGGUGAAUUAUCUAAAGAAUUAUUAGAUAAAUUAAGAUCUACCACUGAAUCUUUUGUUGCUACUUUCUAAAUUAGCAAUCAUAUUUGAUACUACGACAAAUAUUUUCAUUUUCUGUAUAAAUUUAAGUAAAAUAUCGUCUUUGUUCAUUGGCGUGGUAACCUUUUAUUCCAUAAUUUUGCAUUAAAUCUCGUCUUACAUUGAUAUAUUAUUUAAACCAAUCAGAUUGUAUAUAUUUGAAUGUUUAGUAUCUUUUAAACAUUUUUCAAAAAGCAGAUAAGAAAAGAAAAAUUUAAUUCUUUCAUAAAACUUUUUAUAUUAUUUAGAAAUGAAAAAUACGAUAUAUUAUUAUUAU